AUGGGAAAGGUGAGAAAACGUAAGGUACGACAUAAUGCACCUGUUAAUAAUUCUGAUGAAGAAGAACUACCUGUGGAGUCUAAAGAGAGUGCAAUUCAGACGAUUAUUGAUCAGUUACAGGUAUCAAACGUUGAAGAAAAGUAUUGUGGUCUACAAACAUUCGCAAUGCUCUUAGAAUGUCCUGAAAAUUUAGAACAAAUGAUAAAUCGAGGAUUAAUAAAGAUAGUGGCACCACUCCUUCUAGAUGCCGCAUCCUCUGUUAGAAAUGCUGCAGCUGGUUCAUUAAGAAAUCUAUCUGCUAUAAGAUUCGAUCUAUGUGAUGUUUUAAUGGAACAUGAUGUAAUGACACCUCUUAUAUGCUUCUUCCAUCAGUAUGCUGAAAAUUGGACUCCUGACCCAACAUCAAAGUCAAAGGAUGAAGAUAUUGACACAUUCGUCCAAUGCACAUACUUACUUCUUAACUUAUGUGAAAGUUCAGAAUUGGCAAUGAAAUAUGUGGGAGAUUCAAGAGUGUUGGAUAUAUUCUGUAGGUACUUGGAUUUAUCAACUUUUGGUGUUGACAUAGUUACUGCUAUUUUGCAGUGUCUAUUUGUCAUAGUUGAAGACAAUCCCAAAGCAAUUGAUAAAUUAAGGAACUCAUGUGAGCGGCAAUUGAGAGAGCUCUUGUCGAUUGAGGGCAAUGACCCUUCAAAUUUGCUGAUUAAGAGUGUAGCAGGAGGCCUAACAAUAAGUCUAUGUGGUGGAAAUAUUGUUUCACUCCCGACACCUGUAUUGAAUCAAAUAAUUGGAAUAUUAGCUCAGACUCUAUCAAUAGAUCACCGUUUGGCUUGUAAUCAGUUGUCUAGUUAUGUGCCAUUAGGAGAUAAUGUUGGGAAAAUUAAGUUGCCAGAAGAUAAGGAAGCUAUGGUAUUAGAGAAACGAGUUAAAUCAGUCAUACAAGUUUUAGAUGCACAACAGAGCGCCAUUGAAAUUAUAACCAAUAUAUGUUCUUCUGAAGAUGUGGAUGAGGCGGUUGAUGGGCUAGAGUCUUCAGACAGUGAUGAGCCCACAGAAGACAGUAUUGGUGAAGGAACACUUCUCCCUGAGGAUAAAUUACCCCCCGAGCUUUUGGAGGCAUUAAUAUCAUUGGAAAUAUAUGAUAAAAUCUGGGCUCGUACACAACUACCACCAGAAAAUGUUAUGUCUAUCCUAAAAGAAUUUGAAGGCACACAAUUAGUUUCUAAAAAAUUGUACAGCCUUCAAACUAGAUCAUUGUUGUGUGUAAAUAAUAUGAUAAUGACACUGCCUUUAGAUAAUCUCGGAGGAAUAAAUGGAGUUUAUAAAAUUUGGGUCGAUACAGGGAAGUUAGUGUUUAAGAAUAACUCAAAUAACUUUGACAUAUUAGAAUCAGCUACGGCUGUAAUGAGAGCCGCUUUAGAUAAAUUACAAGGAUAUUAUUCAGCUAAGGACAGAAAACUUGAUGACAACAAUCUAUUCAAAGAUUUAGCACUCUCUGAUAUUGAGAUAAUGUUAACAGGGAUAAGGGAUUGUCAAGUUCCUGAAAUAAGAUCAAACCUCAUAAGAAUGAUCGGAACAAUGGCAUUGUUGCUGGUAAAUAAUUUGAAUGAGACCACAAGUAAUGUUAUCGUAACUAUUACGGAAUUCAUAAUAGAGCAGGCUCACAAGGAAAACGAAGUAUGGGUCCUGGCAGAGGCGAUUGAUACUAUAGUAGAUUUAUAUUCAGAAGAUGAAACUGAUUCAUUGGCUGCUAAAAUCAAAUUAGGUGACAAACUAAGCAUGUUAGCACCAAUAUUGAAGAAUAAGGCUCGGCAACAAAAGAAACUGCCAAAAGAAUACAAGGUGCUUGUCGCUACAGCAAAUUCAAAUUUGCCAAGGUUUAUUAAAUAUUUGAAAGGACGAACAUAG